AUGGUGGUCGUGCGCACUGGGAACCAGCAGCAUCAUGAUUGGUGGACACAGGCCUGCCUGAAGGAGCGGACGAUGAUGCUGGGCCUGGCCGGAGAUUUGACCCCGCCCAGCGUCUCGCCACCAUGGGCGACGUCGACGUCGAGGUCGGCAAAUCAGGGCCCUUCCACUCCAAUGAGGCCGGCGCGAUCUGAGGCAGCGCUGGCCAGCGCCGCUGGGCAGCUGACUGGCAGGGGGGCCUUUUCGGGCUCUGCUACUGCAGACUUGGGGCACCACCACGUCCCCAGGGGCCUGCCGAAUCCGCGCAACAACGCCUCGAGCGGAGUCCUGAACUCACUUGGCGGGCGCACGUGGGCGCAGUCAGGAGGCAUGCGCACCACGAACGGCCACAACUUCGGGGCCCGGCAGGCCGAGCCCCGCGCGCACUUCCUCGAGGACAUCCAGAGCAUGCAGCGCGAGGGGGAGCUGGCGUCGCAGCAGCUCGCGAGGGAUUGGGCCUCUCGCUCGAACCCCAGCUUGGGCAACUUCUCGAGCAAGCGGUCCGACUUCGACCCGUACCAGCGCCAGGAGAACAUAGCGUGUUGGACCCACAAGGCAUGA